AUGUCAAUGGGUUCAAUAUUAGUGAGCGCACCGUCUUUCGGUGCAUGGACCGACCAAAAGGAGCUUUUGGCUCUCUUCAGUGGGUACGGAUAUCAAGUUCGGUUUGUGGAAGAUAUGAAUGAUAUGAAUGACAUCGAUGCUGAUCUUCACUCUUGUAUGAUUUGGGCUGUGAAAGAGAUCCAUGGAAUUCAAAAUGCGGCGCGCUCCGGAAAACCAAUUGUGAAACCGUGCUGGCCGAUGUUGAUUCUGCGAACUAUCAAGGGUUGGUCGGGGUCCAAAAUGCUCUACGGAAAUUUCGUUGAGGGCUUCUUUCAUUCACACGAGGUACCCUUACCCAAGGUAAAAUCUGACAAAGAAGAGUUGGAUUUGGUCCAGAAGUGGCUCUCAGAUUCUAAACCCGAGGAGCUGUUCACCGAAACUGGCGAUAUAAUUGAUGAGAUCAAAUCCAUUAUCUCGACCGAUAAUUCCGAGAAACUUGGCUAG